GGAUAAGGAGAAGGAUUGAUUUGAUCUUUCUUCAUUUCUUAAGGCUUCACAGUAAUAAACUGUCCAUAGUCUCCAAUUCCUUUAACAAAUUUUCCUUUGUUUUUUCUCCUUCAAAUUUUAUGCCCUGGUGGUUGUAAGAUGAGUACCAAUGUCCUUCCCCAGGCUUUAUUUAUGGUUCCUAGGAAUGGCACAGAGCGAGGGCUGACAAAGUUGAGGUGUGCGGCUUUGGUUUCUGGGCGCCCUUCGUCGCUCUGUUCAUCUGUUUCGCUACACUCAACUGGGUUUUUCUCUGGGAGCUUCAAGGGCCUUCGGGAUAUUGUGGUGGUUCGAGCUGAAGAGAAUUCGGCCGAAGCAGAAGUGGAAAAUGUUGGUAGUGAGGAACCAGUUGAAGGGGCUGAAGCAGAGGAAGAGGAAGUUGUUGAGACGGAAGAUAGGCCACCUAGGACUCCCAGAAUUAAACUGGGCGAUAUAAUGGGGAUACUGAAUAAGAGGGCCAUUGAGGAAUCGGAUACUGUCAGGCCGACACCGGAUAUUAGAACUGGGGACAUUGUUGAGAUCAAACUGGUCAAACUCUUAUCCUUUUUGGUUUCCCUUUUUUUUAAGGUAUUCGUGUGCUUUCGUGGUAUGUGGGAGCUAUAGUGUGGUUUUGGUUUGUAAUCGUACAGGAAGUUCCUGAAAAUAGGAGAAGGUUGUCAAUCUAUAAAGGGAUAGUGAUGUCCAAGCAAAACGCUGGCAUUCACACUACAAUUCGGAUUCGGAGGAUCAUUGCAGGGAUUGGAGUUGAGAUCGUGUUCCCAGUGUAAGUAUUAAUUAUAUAAUUAAGCGCAUCAUAUUUGUUUUCUGUUUGAUUUCUUUCCCAGCCGUGUGGCAGUGUUUACAGUAAUUAGUUUCAAUCUAUGCUCUCAAAUUUUAAGUCAUCUUUCCUUUGUAGUUUCUUUUUGCUACGAGGAAAACACAAAUCUUGGAUUAUAGAACAGAUUGCUUCUGUGAAGAAGGACAGUGAUGCUCGUAACGCAUGACUUUAAGCUUUAUGUGUUAUGUUAUUGUUUGCAUUGAGAUCUAGCAUUACAUCUUGUGUUGAUUUUAGGGUCUGGUAAAAGAAAUGUUAUGAUUAAUUGCCACCAGCGACAGUUUGAUGGACUUAAAAGAUGUGAAUAGAAUUUUUAGGCAUGAACUAGUAGUUCCAAAAUGUAAUAACGCACAUUCAAUUCAUUGUAGAGUACUGUAGCCAUAAAAAGUUUUUAUAAGGGUAACAUGGAAAACCUUAGAUCUGAUAGCCAGUGUAAUAUAAUACGCUCUCCGUCCCUGAAAAUAAUCCGCAUUGAGUUUUGAAAUUUGUACAAAAAACAGUGCAAAUCUCACAACUCAAUGUGGACUAUUUUUUCAGGACGGAGGGAGUAUAUAAUAUGGUUUUGGAGUCUAGUCCCUGCCUUCCUGAGGUAUGAUCAUUAUUUCUUCUGUUAUGUGUUGCACACGUGACUGAAGUUUCUAAAAGGUUAGUUCUAAGUGAUUAACUAUGUUUUUUGCGUCGAUGUGAUGGAAUCGAAGUUCUUGCAUUAACUUUUGAAAUUGAAUUCUCCGUUUUCAUUAUGACAUUAGCGUCAUAGUGCUUAAUGUCAUUGAUUGUAUCACACAAUUUUAAUUCAUUUCAGAUGUGGUGACCAGAUGAGAUUUAUCUACCUGCACUGUCAAUUCGUGUUUACAUCUUCAUUUGUUUCCUUGUUUCCCUGUAACUACAGAUACUCCCCUGUCAUUAAAGAAAUCAAAGUAGUCAGCCACCGCAAAGUGCGCCGAGCAAGACUCUACUAUUUGAGAGAUAAGCUUCCACGGCUCUCCACAUUCAAAUGAUUUUGCCGUAGCUAGCUUUGUAGCUUGAAUAUGCUGUUGUACUGUUGUUGAUUCUUUUUGGGAUGUCCUUUGAACUUAAUUUUCGUAAUGAUAGUUCUUUUUGAUAAAUUCAUUACUGUUUCCUAGAGGAUAUCCGUAAAUAUUCUGCUCACUGGAUUUGCAUGUUGUAUUCUGAAGAGAACAUGUGGCAUUGCAACAGUGUCUCAAAAUGUUACUUCAUGCUUGACACUCAAUUCCCUCCAAAUAUCUAAGAAAUCCAAGUAUCUGUGAACAGCUCCUUGCAUAUUAUAGUUGAAGUACGCUCCACGAUGGCAGCUAACAUAUAGACUAUAUUUGGCCAUCAGUUUUUUUUUUUUCCUCUUAAAUAUCAGUUGGUUUUUGAACUUGAAAGUACUGAAUGGCUCUUCACUGGGCUUCACCCUUGGAGAUGUUGUGAAAUCUUUGUCGUAUGAUCUGAGGUAGGCAUUGAAGCAUGUAUGAGUAAAAUAAAAUAUUCCUUGUUGAACAUCUCCCAUAUCCAGCAAUUCAAGAAAAAAACUGACAGAAACUUAUAGUUUAGUUAAAAUGUUGGAAAUGUUAUGCGCUUAUCACCAUUAAUACACUUCCACGGAGAUGUUGUUAACAUUACAGUUUGGACCAUAAAUUCAUGGAGGGUUGUAUGCUGCUUGGAUCCACCUUUAUUUAGGUUUUUGUUUGUGCUUGUCUGAAAUCUGAAUGCAUGCAAAAAAGAUUCGGCAGUGUCUUAUAUUUUUUUCAGUUUCUUAAACAUUUAUGAGGGACCUUCAUCUCUCUCAUGUAUGCUCAAUUGCUCAUUAAGCAGAAUCUUGAUCAAAUUUGUGGUAGUUUUAUUCUGUUUCCGCAACUAGGUACCAAAUUGUUCGAAUUAUCAACUAUCACGUUCACAGCAUUGAUGGAAACUUGUUUUGGUGAUCUUUUCCAAUUUGUGGCAUAGAAGCAGAAAACAGGAAAAGAGACCUUCACAUAACUUCUAAAUACGUAGAACUCUAUAACCAAAUUCAUUGACAUUAAGACAGCACGCGCCUCACAGGGAAAAAUAUGAACAGAAAUUUGAAGAACAGCAGCAAUUAAAGAUAAAACAACGACAAGAUGAAAGCAUCUUGUGAUUUUCUUUGGAACUCUUUCAAAGCCAAAUAAACAGAACAAAACAAUUAGAGCCCAUUCCAUUGUCAAAGUAACUGGAUGAUUUGCAGUAAAUCAAUGUAACAUGUGGACUAUAAUAAGAAUGCUAGUGAAAAUAUUACUAUUAUUAUUAUUAGAGUUACAUAAAUACUGGCA